AUGCCUGCCUAUGAUGGUUACAACGCACGCCUUAAACCAAAGGUGCCAGCUGCUGGCGAGUUUGCUGCAAUGCGCGACAAGAUCAGAGAAGAGGUCGAGUCUGCUCUGCGUGAUUCCAAGACACGCAUGAAGGAGCAGUAUGACAAGCAUGUUUGCGAUGCCAUCCCAUAUGUGCGCAAUCAACUCGUCUGGCUCAGUGCGAAGAACAUCAAGAGCGUACAACCAUCCAAGAAGCUUACGCAUCUUCGCUAUGGACCAUUCCGAGUCAUCAAGAAGAUUGGCGCUACGUCUUACAAGAUCGCUAUUCCACCGUAUUGGAAGGAGAAACACGUACACGAUGUCUUUCACGCAGACCUUCUCCGUCCCUAUGUCGCUCCGUACUUCAAGAACCAGGUCAUCAAUGGGCCAAUCAAGGUGCCCGACGUCGUCGAAGACAAUGACCAGGAGGACACUGAGGACUACGAUGUGGAACGUGUUAGCAAUUCGAAGAAAUGGGGUUGUACAGUUCGUUAUCUGGUCGAAUAUACGGGCUAUGGCCGUGAAUUCAACGAGUGGAAACCGCUUGGGGCACUUAAAGACUGUCUCAACAAGGUUGCGGAGUUCCACAUUGCCAAUCCGGAUAAGCCUCGUGCGAAAGGUGCCCCUACUGAAAUCGUCGAGGACGACGAUUCUGAAAGAGGGGGUAAUGUUACGGACUAG